CAGCCAAUAGCAUGCCGUGCAGGGGGUGAGUGUAGGACUAGUAAGUCAGGCGACACGAUGGCGGCGCUGAUGUUUAGGACGAUUAGUCGGAGCUUGCUGUACACCGAGCACCGGAGACUGCACCUGACGGGUGUGCGUUACCUACUUACUAAUAAUGCCCUCAAGUUUGACAAAUUCAUGGAGAAGAAGCGGUCCACCACACAUUAUUUUCAGCAGAAUAAAGAAGUGUAUUUUGAAACCAUUCAAAUGAAACUUCAGAAUUCAGAAGCAAUUUCAGAGAAAGACCUGAAACCAAUGUUUUACCUGAGUGAGAACGAGUCCGACGUCCAGCUGACCAAGAAAUGCCUCUUCAGGUUUUAUGAAGAAGCACAGACAGUUGAGUACAAGUUUGGACCUCUCUUCCUUCGGUUGUGUCAUCUGUUAGAUCUAGUAGAUGUUGCUUUUGAACUGAUGAUGGACGAGUCUUGCAGAGGGGCAUUCUCUGACUACUCAUCAUACAAUAUACUGUUGGACAUGCUGUACAAACAUGGCCAGUAUGAAAGGGCCCUGGAGGUACUGCUGAAGAUGAAAAUCCAGUAUUUGACAUUAAGAAAAGACACAUAUCUUUUGGCAUUUGCCAUAUGCUAUAAACUGAACAACGCACGAUCCUUGGAGACAUGUACCACUCUCUUUGAGGAAGCUGCGAUGAAUGGAAUUGCACACACAAGACUCGCUUUGUGUUUUGUAGUUGCACUUGCUUUAAAACAGGGAGACUACGUAACAGCUUCAUCUGUUUAUAACAGGAUUGUGAGAAAAGACAUGUCACUCUGCUGCAAUUUGGAUCUUUUGUUAGCUGCCAAGUUUAAAGGUGAGGAAGAAGUGCUACGCAUACUGGAAACUGCAACUGAGCGAUCCAAGUUGGACUUCCUCUGGAAAGUUACCUUCUCUAAGGAAGUAAUGGAUGCAGUGGAAGAGAAAUUGCACCCUACAGUUUCAUUUGAAAAAUUUAAAGAAAUUUAUGAAAAACUUGGUCAGUCUGGACAGAUCAGCACCUUAACGCUGGAUGGAAUGUUGCACGCUGUUCCUGAGGAACAGAACGCUACAGAUUUACAAGAGAGGAAAAACUACAGAAGUAGAGCAAUGCAAAAAGAAUUGGCCUCCUUGAAUACUAUGUAAAGGACAUUUUAUCAAUUUACUGUGCAUUAAAAAGACUGUGAAAGCUCAAGGUUCAGGAGGGAAGCUUGUUAUGGCUGGGGCUCAAAAAACGGGUUACCUGCUUAAUUUAUGGACAGUGUCGGAUACAAAUGUUCACACCCUCCUGAAGGGCUGCACUCAGUAAUUGGGCUUUUGGGUCAAGCUUGUACAUUACAGGUACUUAUUUAGUGCUGCCAGGUGGAAAUGGUAACCACUAAGACACUAUGCUGCCCAUCUGAUAUCUUUUAGUUUAGAAUCGUGGUACCCUGAAUAGAGCAUGUUUGGCAAAAAAAAUGUAAAACCUAAUGGUAAUUAAAUACCCCCAAAAGAAAGCUCUAUUUUCAGAAAAUAACUAGUCUUUAGUCUAAAAUUAUUUUUUUUGUUCCCCAUUAUGUGGGCAAAACUAAUUUUAAAAAAAUGGUUCUGGCAGUAAAAGGGUUAAAGUAUCUCUGCAUCAAGAAGGAAAACUUGACCUGUUGGGGGUGCUCCAGGAUUUAAGUUGGGAACCACUGGACUAGGUGGUAGUGUCAUGAACGCAUCUCGCUGCCUUUAUGUAGUAACCUGGAAGAGUUCAGCAAAAUAAUUGUUAGUGGUUUGUAUUGGCAUGUGGGAUUGGGGUAGAACACCAUGAUCUCUGACCUUUGUUCAAAAGCUGAAUUUCAUUCUUGUUUGGUGAGGGCAGAUUUCUCCUAUUUUGUACUAAGAACUGUAUUGUCAAACAGUAAAUGGGUUCUGCACCAUU